UGACAUUCGGAUGUACUGUGAGUAGUGCAGGUGCAUCGAAUGAGUAUUGGGCCAUACCAACUCCCGCAGACGCUGACUACGGCCACAUAUACCCGAUUCCUCCGGACCAAACUAAGGAGACUUUGCCUUCACUCAGGAAUGGCUCUGGAGGAAUUCGACAAUGCCUGGUUUCAGCAGGAUGGUGCUCCGGCGCAUACAAGCGCUGCAGCGCGAAAGGAGCCGGCUCAUCUUUUUGAAGAGAGGGUAAUUGAACGUGGCGGUCGCCAAGAUUGGCCCCCAUUUGUGGGUGUACUUUUACGUUAUCUUGAGGAGGACCGAGUUCCCAACUACUUCCGAAGAUUUUCAGAAACUUAUUUCUCGGGUGGGGAUCAAAUAUUGGAAUGACUAAAAUUUCGAACAGC